AUGAACGACGAAGAGCGGCGCGCAGACGCCUUCAUCACACGUCCCCGUGUAUAUGGCGUCCGCGGACUCCCGGCCUCCCUCAACAGCGCUACACCAGACAACCGCGCCAACCUCGCCCGAAUCGUCCACCGCCUCGCCGACUUCCUCCAAGCCUUCAUCACCUACCGCCUGCACCCCGCACGUAUUCCCAUCACCCAGGAUUACCACGCGACUGUAGACGCGUUCGACGCCAUCGAGACCGCGAUUGAGCUGGUCAGAGGGCUGCGACUCUUCGCGUUGGUCGCGCUUCAUGAGAGAUGGGGCGGCGCUGGUGCGAGAAUGAUAUUGCCAAUGUUCGGGGUGAAGAGGAGCUUGUUGGGCGGGAAUGUCAAGAAUUACCAGGUCAUGAUGAACAGAUUGCUCCUGGAUUUGGCAUCUGCAGGAGACAGAGAGGACUGUGUGGUCCAUGAGGUGUGGUUCGAGAUGAAUGUGAUGGGCAGCUUGGGCUUGACGCGGGUGUACCGGCGGAGGAGAGUGGUCGAGGACCCGGAAGCAAUGAGGAUCGCGGCUGAGGGAAUGGGAGGUCAACAGCUGUACAUUCGGGACCCUAAGAUGGACUCGGCGGGAACCUUGACGAGCGACGGCAGAGACGACCAAGCCACCUUCAUCCUGCUUGCGGUAUUGAUGACCAUAGCUUCCUUGCUAUCUCUGGUUGUGGCAGGUGUUUUCCUCUGA